AUGGAAUACAAGAGUUUUCUACUCUUUAAACUAUUUAUGUGGAUUUUCACCUAUACCGAUAGCCAAACUAGUUAUAAAAAAUGGCUACGGCCAGACAACGUAUAUCAAUUAGGUAGGUCGUCAGAAAAGGUAGGAUCAUCAAAUUUCAUUUAUUUUAAUCAAAUUUACAUUUCGAAAGAACACUUACAGAUUGAAAUCAAACCAGUACUUAAAAGCAGUAUUUAUGACUGUGAUUUAAAGUCUCCGUUAUUAGUAAAAAUUCAAUCUAGAGCCAUCACCAGGGUCAAUGGUGAAAAGGUUAAGCUUCGAAAAGACCAGCCGCCAUUCGUGAAUGAUUACACGCAUGAAAAUCUAAUUACUAUAACAUUCAAAGAAGAAAAUGCUAUGUCUAUUACAAUUGAGUGGAUUCCCUUAAACAUAUGUAGAUAUACUAAGCAAGUUAUGGUGAACGGUAACUUGGAUUCCAAUCCUCUAACUGAUGAAUUACUUAAAUUAUUUGAUAAUGGUAUCGAUUUACGUAUCGCAAAGAACCCUUUCUAUGCUAGUCAUUACCUCACCCUUUCGGAUCAUUUAAGUUACGGGCUUAAAGUUUCAUUACUGAGAGGAAUACCUAUACUAAAUACUGAUUGGACAGAUUUCAUAAUGGAAAAUAAAGAUAGCAUCGACAAUUGGUUCCUAGAGCUUGAUCCAGGUAAAUUCCUACCUUUCUCUACGAAAGAUAAUCGAUAUUUAAUACAGAACAAGGAAAGAACCAAAUUGCUAAGUAAUUCAAUGUUUGUUAUAUUUCAUGAUACGAAAGACAAAUUAUCCAAAUGGAUUAGUUCGCUUGGAGGCAAGGUUUUUAAAGCCGAUAUCUCUGCUUAUUACUGUGAAAGAAAAAUUGAUCAAAAUUUGACAUCUACGGUUAAAAUGAAGGUAAAAGAAGCCGAAUGUGAUAAAUGCUUUUUAAUGGAAUUUAACGAUCAUGAGGUAAAGCAUUAUAAUCAAAUAGAAGAAGCAUUAAAUAAUUUUGCGCAAACAAAUUCUAGCAAUAUUGUUACUGAAGCAAUGUUGUAUGAGAGUGUAGUUAAUGUGUCCACGAGCAAUUUGCAAGGUUUGAAUCUUGAAAGAGAAUUGAAACGAUCUACAUCAGCCGAAAUACUAUUCUCUCAACCGCAAAGAAAAAGAAGAAGAUUCAAAAAAGUUGGAAUAACAGAUUUUUUUGACUUUAAACCACCCAUAAAAACUGAAAGUCCAGCACCUGAUGAUUCUGUUGAUAAAAAUAUAACUGAUGAACAUCUGAAGCGGAAUAAUAUGAACAGUGCUACGAAUUUAGCUUUACCUGAUAGUUCACACACUGCUGACGACAACAACCGGUCAUUGGUUCAUACUGAUACAUCCUUAAAUAAUUCAUCUAACAAAAGUAAUGAAGAGAGCAAUAUUAUCACGCAUAAGAGGCAAAUUUACGACUCCACAGAAGAAGAACCUAAAUUAAAAAAGAGAAAAGAAGAAACGAAGAUUGGCAAAUUCAUACCACAAAUUUCACUCCUUGAUGCCAUUAAAUCUACUAAAGAACGAGCUAAAGAAAAUGUUCGUGAAGAAUUGGGUAUGGAUGAAAAAGAAAGCGAUGGCUUAAAUGAAAACUUGAAUAAUUUAGCUAUUGUCGAAACGAUUGAUAUUUCUAUAAGGAGAAGAAAACCUAUUACAAAUGAAAUUAGUAAUAAAUCAUAUAAAGAAAAAAAGAAUUUCAAAACUUUCAGAAAAAAUAAACUGUUGGCAAAUGAAAGAAGAAAUUUUAUCGAUAUGCGACCGAUUUUUGUUGGCGAUGGAGUAGAUAAUGUGUUUAUUGAAAAAAAUACUAAAGAUAAGGAAAACACCCAGAAACAACUGAAGUUGAUGAGUGAUAUUGGCAGAGUUAUGGGUGAUGUCAGUGGGUAUAAACCCUAUUCCAUCAGCCUAGAAGAUGAUCAUGAUCCUGAUGUAGAUAGUUUCUCGUUUGGAAUUAGAAACGAGCCUUUGCAUGAAUCCACCCUUUUCGUUCCAGAAGAUGAUACUCAAAGAGAACAUGAUCAUACUCCCACUUCAGGUAUCAAACGAAAUGAUAACGAAACUCGCAAUGACUCUGAUGAUGAUGUUGAUGAUGAUGACGAUGAUGAUCAGCCUAAAUUUGCAUUCAGUAGAACAUGA